AGACUUCAUCUACCUCUCUCUCUCUCUUUUCUACAUCUCUCUCUCUCUGAUCAAUUCCUUAUAUAUGGACAAAGGAUGGGGACUCGCUCUUGAUACUUCACCAUCCUCUCCAAUUCCAUCUCUCCCUUUUCUACCUUCCAAACAACCAUCUGCAUCCUCAUUCAACACCAACGAUAGAAUGUUUCCCAUUUUUGGAUUCCCAGUCAACCUUAGCCGCAACACUUCCAACGCCGAAGACGGUGACCGGAAAGUAAUCGGCGAAGUCGAUUUCUUCUCAGAAAGAAACAAUAAGCCUUCACAUGUUAAAUCUAACAACACCGUCAAAAAGGAGAUUAUUACAACCGAUGAAAAGUCUCCCAUAUCUAAUAUCCACGUAAACACUGGAUUACAACUUGCAAACACCGGGAGCGAUCAAUCUGUAGUAGACGAUGCUGUUUCAUCUGAUGCCGAAAAUAAGCGAGCCAAAACCACCGAGCUUGCACAGUUGCAAGUCGAGCUUCAACGGAUGAAUUCAGAAAACAAAAAACUGAAAGAGAUGCUAAGUCAUGUUACUGGUAACUACACGGCUUUGCAGAUGCAACUCGUCGCAUUAAUGCAAAAGAAUCACCAUACCGCAAAUGAGGUUGUUAAUGCAAAAAGUGAGGAGAAAAAGCAAGGUGUUGGUGGAGGAAGGGUACCAAGACAAUUUCUUGAGAUAGGUCCAAGUGGUACAGCAGCAGAAGUAGAUGAUCAAGUAUCGAAUUCUUCAUCUGAUGAAAGAACUAGAUCAAACACACCUCAGAUCGAAGCAGCUGGAACAACAAGAGAUCACAUAGUUAGAAAUAACAAUGGUAAAAAUGGUAGGGAAGAAAGUUCGGAUUCAGAAUCACAAGGUUGGGGUUCCAAUAAGGUUCAGAAAAUAUUGAACCCUUCCAAUCCUAUAGAUCAAUCUACAACAGAAGCCACAAUGAGAAAAGCUCGUGUCUCUGUUCGCGCUCGAUCAGAAGCUUCAAUGAUCAGUGAUGGGUGUCAAUGGAGAAAAUAUGGACAAAAAAUGGCUAAAGGAAAUCCAUGUCCAAGAGCAUAUUAUAGAUGCACUAUGGCAGUUGGUUGUCCAGUUCGCAAACAAGUUCAACGUUGUGCUGAGGACACAACCAUUUUGGUAACAACAUAUGAAGGAACACAUAACCAUCCACUACCACCAGCAGCUAUGGCUAUGGCAUCAACAACUUCAGCAGCUGCAAGUAUGUUACUAUCAGGUUCAAUGUCAAGUGCAGAUGGAAUCAUGACACCAAAUUUGUUAGCAAGAGCUAUUCUUCCUUGUUCAACAAGCAUGGCAACACUUUCAGCUUCAGCACCAUUCCCUACUGUUACAUUAGAUCUCACACAAAACUCAAAUUCAAAUCCAAAUCCAAAUUCAAAUCCAUUGCAAUUUCAAAGACCUCAUGCACCAUUUCAAGUACCCUUUUUCCAAGGACAGCCUCAGAAUUUUGCACAAGCAGCAGCAAUUUAUAAUCAAUCUAAAUUCUCUGGUCUUCAAUUGUCUCAAGAAAUUGGUUCUUCUCAUUUGACAACACAAGCUUCAAGUUCAACACAACCACCACCUCAACAUCCUUCCUUGGCUGACUCUGUCAGCGCCGCUACCGCAGCCAUCACCGCCGAUCCUAAUUUCACUGCGGUUCUCGCUGCCGCUAUCUCCUCUAUCAUUGGUGGUGCUCAUGGAAACAACAACAACAAUUCCAACAACAACAGCAGCAGAAAUACAAUUAGUAGUUUUUCAGGAAACUAAAUUCCUUUUCUUCUUUGGUUCCUUGUUUUUUUCUCAUUAAUAUUAUUCCUUUUUUUUGUACAUGGGUAAGGGAAAGUGACGUCAUAAAUGUUCAUAUUCUUUUUAGUCCAUGUCUUGGGAUUGUGGGGAUAUAUAUAUAUAUUAGAUCAUAUAAGAGAAAAUCCAAUUCAAUUUUUUGUUUUAUUCAUCAUUUCACCGUAAAUAAUCUUAGAUAUGUUAUUCAAUAUUCUUAUAGAGAAAA